AUGGCGUUGUUAGGGUACUUUUGCCGCGGCUUCAGGAGCGAUCCAGCGAAGUUCGAUGCUAUAUCGCUCACUUGGCCCAGACCUCGCUUCAGCAUCCUGGACUCACGCGAGUUCUUCGUAUCCCCGGACCGAAGCUGUGAUACUUUUCUAUCAGGAAUAAACCUGCGCAAGGUGCCGAAGACAACAGCUGCCAAACAAUUGCAGGCCAAGCAGCGCUUCAAGGUGAAAGCUGCUCAAGAUGGAUUAUCCGCGGCCAGGCAUCAAAAUAUGGCCUACAUGAAGGAUCAGUUGGCCCAGAUGAUGGCGCAAAGCGGCUAUGGAGAAGCACCAGCAGUUGAGCUACACAUGUUCCCGCAAAGCCUUGAAGAUCCGAACUCAAACUGGUCUGUCUUGGUCAUUCCAAAAGUUCCCGAGAUCUUUGGCAAGACGCUUUUUCUGUGUCAUGGGGCGCAGGAGACUGAAAAGCGCUGUCUGGCCGAGUUGCCGUUUGAACCUUUGUCGCUUCCAUGUCAUCUUGUGCAAGCCGUGGUUGGCUGGGAUCUUAUGUUGGGUCCCUUGAGAUCUUCACCUCACAGGUUGGUCUUGGCUGUUCUAGUUUUACUGGUGGUUGGUCUUGCGAUCCUCUGCUAUCACCUGGUCCUUGACCUAUCCAAGCUGUUGCGAUUGUUUUUCUCGAAGCCAGCAGACACUGACCGUACCCCAAUGCAGAACAUGGAGGGACUUCUAGCAGAGGCUCUUCCACAGACCUAUAAGCUUGUCGGCCGCACCAAUGUCUAUGCGCAGGCAGGCGUUGCCAAUCUUCUGCAGCCAGGAGAGCCUCUUGACCCCCACAGCGGGCAUCGUGAGGUCGUGGUGGUGGAGGAGAAGCGUGCCCCUGCAAUAAUUGAUGCGGGAAGAUCCAUGCAGCAGCUGUUGCAAAGGAUCUUACAGUGCCGAAUGUCUUCAAAGGCAGCUGAGGCGGUGUGGGGGCGGAUGAAUCAUCCACCUGGGUGGAUUGUCAUGUAUGACGGCUCAACCAAUCACUACGGCGUAGUGGGACCUGGGGCAGUGAGCCCAGUGCCGUUUCGAGCACACCCAGAUCUCAUGAUUCCGAUCGGCUCUGUCUUGCGCCGGCUGCUCAUCCUUGCGGGCAGCCACGCUUCAGUGCAGUGGAAGAUCCUGACGGUUUUGGCAGGGCAUCUAGGCUUGCACGUCGCUGCAACGGUAGCAUCUGGUUGCUUUGUGAUGCACGUGGUGGUGGUGCAGCAAGUAUAUCGGACCUUAUGGUGGGGAGUGAGCCAUGAUGACCUCCUGGAGAGGCAUGGAAAACGCCUCAUUCCGCAAGAGACCUUAGCCCGCUAUCACUUCGCAGCAAUACUUGCCAUGCUUGUCAUCGCGCUCGUCAUUUCAUCCGGCACUUUUGCGUGGGGUGCUCUCGCUGGAUACCUGACACUGGCAGCUUCAGCGGGUUUGCAUGCUUGGGACUUGAACACUUCUUUGUCGGGCCUUGACAAAUGGAUGCAGCCGCAACGCAGCAGUGCAUUGGCUGUGGAAGAUACGCUUCUUCCGACGACAACACAACUGCCUGACAACGUGAGUGCAAAGAGAGAGCGUCACCUGCUGAUCGUUAGCAUCUGUGUUAGUGCUACAAUCGCAGCAGCAUGGUCCAUUUUGACAAACACAAGCCUCGACGCUGUACAUAUGCGUGGUAAGUUGAUCGACUACUCCUUCAGCCAUGGGCAUCUUCUUUACAUGGCAGAGUCUGCAAAUUUGCACAACACCCUCUUGCUGCAUGGUGAUGCUGAUUCCAUGAGCUUUACUUUCCAGACAGAUGCCUAUACCGCUAGUGUCAGCCUCCAGUAUGAGCAUCCGCAGCUCGAGGACAAUGAAGAGGUGCUCCUCUACUCAUGGACAGGAGGAGGGGCUGCCAACACAACUUCAUCAGUCCAGGGCGGUGAAUAUGAACUGUAUGUUAUCCACCUGUUGCGCAUCGGAGAGAUCAUUUCAUUUUCAUUGGCUGGCAAUGUGGAUGUAGAUGAAUGCCCAAACGCCACCUGCAGUGUUGAGUUUCGUGAGCGGCGCCGCUGGAGAUACGAAGCAGACCAUAUGGACUGGCAUGUGCCAAGAAUGCUUGGGAGUUUGACUCUGGACGUGGAGCUGCGACCAACGUCUUUUGCGCCGCUUUUGGCAGUUGCUGCACAACAGCCACCAAUCUCGAACCUGGUCAACGUGGCUCCAGACUGCCAGUGCGGUAAGGAGCGAGGGGGAUUUGGGAACGAUUGCUUUUAUGAGCAGCCAGUCGUGCUGCGGACGACGCAGCUCUGUGUCUUCUUGCGUAGUGUACCUGAAGUCAGAGAUACGUUGAUGCUGGAUCAAAGCGAUGGUAGUCUCGCAGGCAAGGGCUCGGAUCUUGUGCAGUGGCUUCGGGACGUGAGCGUCAGCGGCAAGUCUGUAGUUCUCUUGUCCGUAGAUGAGGACGACGCCCAGUUGGAAACCAGGAGUCCCCUCAUGCCUCAAAACCGAACUACACAGACUCAAAUUUCGACGCUUUUCCAGAUCUCUGUGCCUGCCCAGUCGUUGUUGAUGAAGAAGAUGCAGCUUCUCGUGGCAGCAACUCAGGAUCCCACCGAUGCGGAAAAGUCUGCUUUUCCACUGAGACUAGUCUCGCACCCACCUCCUGUCCAGCUCUCUCUUACAGAGCACAAUGAUGAUGAUAAUUUCAUGCUUCCAACAUUUACUGCCAACGCAAUGCGAGCGAGGUAUACGGCUUGUGUGAAAAAGCUUGAUCAAGUGCAUGGCGAAGUAUUGGAUGACCGUUUCAAGAUUCGUGAAGAGACAUUCCAAAUGGGAAAGGAUUGUUUGGGGGACGACGUGCAGCAGAAGCGAUUCUGGGCAGUUCGCAAAGAAGAGCCUGACUGCAAGCCUUGUAGUAGCUACAUCUAUCCACCUUGGAACGACAUGGAUGACAUGACAGUUACUGGAUCCCUUAUGAGCUGCAUGGCAGCAGCCGUAGAAUUAGACGACAUCGAGGCCUUACAUCGCACGAUUCAGCGCUUGCCAUACAAAGGAGACAUGAAGACGGCCAAAUCAUGCAGCGUUCUUCAAGACGCAGUGCGCCUGAACCAAAGCAAGAUGGUCACUGAGCUUCUGAAGUGGUGGAGCCAAGACUGCGAUGGGUGCACAGAAACUCCAGUGGGAGUUGCUGCACUGGAAGGACAUGUCAAGAUUCUGGACAUGCUACUGAUGCACGGGGCAAAUGUUAAUGGCAUGGACAGCAAGAACAGAACUGCUUUGUUCCUUGCCAGCCAGCAUUGCCACCUCCAUGUGUUGCACGCAAUUCUUGACAAAAAUGUCAGCGUGGAUCAGUUAGUGCCUCCUGCAACACCCGGAGCGUCCAGGACUUAG